GACGGCGGCAAUAAGGGUGACGAUGGUGUCGGGGUUUAGGGACCAGGUUUCCGGUCAGCCGCGGUGGCCGUCGGCGAUGCAGAACGACGUCGAGCGUCCAUACGAUAGCAUGAGAGUCGCGAAUUUCCCUGCGAAGGCGCGAGUGCGUUCACGAGAUCCGUGCUGAGCUGUCGUCGUUUCGUAUUAUUGUUGCUUCGAUUCUGAGGAGAGUACAAUUUCGAUUGACAAUCGACGGUCGUGGACGUCACGUGUGCGUCGCUUCGCUGACGGCGAUGAUGCAGGAGCACAAGUCUUUCCUGAUCAGAGAUCUUCUUGGAGAUGUAUUGGUCGACCGAGUUCAAGAAGACUCGGAGGAUGAUUCGGCGGUCCAUUCGGAUUCAGAGGACACCAUCGAUCCUGGCAGCAGCCCUUGCACGCGUCUAGAAAGCCCUCCACCAGCGCUCUCGCCGUCGCCCGGGCCAGCAACCACGUCUGGGAAAUCUUGCGGGGUGAUCGCCAACAGUGUACCGCCAACCGGUAGGAAACCACGCAGACGACGAACCGCUUUCACUCACGCACAGCUGGCUUACCUCGAGAGGAAGUUCCGCUGUCAAAAAUAUCUGAGCGUAGCGGACCGCAGCGACGUUGCAGACGCUCUAUCGCUCUCGGAGACUCAAGUGAAGACUUGGUACCAAAACCGAAGAACAAAGUGGAAGCGACAGAAUCAGCUGCGACUGGAGCAGCUGCGUCAUCAAGCUACCGUCGAGAAGGACCUUCUGGUACGCAGCGUGAGUCUCCAUCAUGGCAGCAUAGACACUUAUUGUUCGCCGUACAAUUCGCAAACGCAGACCAGCCAUCCGCCACCACCGCCGCCACCGCCGGCACCAUCCACCGCUUCCACGGCGGCGUUUCUCUCCACGGCAGCGGCGCUCUUCCGGAAUGUCACCUACGUCCACGGCUGCCCCCUCUAACACGCGUAAUCCUGAGGAUCUCGGGAGCACUUCCGGAAGAUGAGGACGAGCGAUUUAGCUCGGAGCUCUUUGGAAAAAUUUCAACGGACUACUUGUGCCGUGAGUGCUAAGCUAAUUCAGUGUUUUCAAACUUUUUGAUUCAUCUUUCGCUAUUUCGGAGUUGUUCCAAUUAGUUGGAAAAAUUUGUAUUAAUAAACCGCUUUAUACGGUAACCAAUGGGUAAGAGAGAUGUCUGUACAUUAGCGUUUCUUUCUUGCGUUGUACCUUUCUUAUAAUGUUAUGUUUAAAAUUUGAUCUGGUUUGAGGGUUUUUCUUGUUUAGAGAUGAGAGAGACAAAUAAAUAAAUAUAUAUAUAUAUGUAUAAACUAUAUAAUUAUCCUACGUUAAAGAUCAUACCGUAAAAUUUCAGCGUGUUGAGUGUUACAGACACUUUGCUCGAAAAGUUCUGUAGUCGGAAUUUUUCCACAUUUCCUCUUACAUGCCAGGCGUUAAAUGAGGAUCAAAUAAGGAUGUAAAUAUGUAAUUACGGAGUUUCAGAGUAGUUGUAGCAGGUUAUCUUUCACAUACCGAAUUCAUUUCAGUGAAAUAUUCAACAUUAAUACUUUACGGAAGUUUACGUCUCCCUCAAUGAAUGGCAGAAUUUCCAUAACCAUACUGUAAUAGUGUUGCAACAUCGUUAUAAUAUGUCACCAGAUAUUAAUAUUGCAUUUAGAAUAAUAAAUGAAAAGGGUAGCUGUUUUGUCGAAAGAAAGAGCAUGCACUCUGCGACUUGAUAAUAUGCAUUAAAACCAGAGGUACACAUUUUAUUGACAAUUAAUUAUUUAGUGACGAAUUUAAUUCGUAGAUAUUUUAGCGUCUUACCCCUAGCGGAAAAAAUUUCUAUAAAUAACUACAAAAAAUUGACUUGAAA